GCAGCCUGUUGUUGUUGUUGUCAUUCUGAUCGCCCGCCUAAACCGUCGCCUCCCCGCGUAACGUCAUUUAAUGUUAAUACACACUGUUGUUGUUUGGUUGUGUGUUGUGUGACCGUGCGGACGAGGGUCUGCAGCGGGUUUAAAGACGCGUAAAAGCGAGACUUGUAUCCAUGUCAGUGGAACAAGGCAUGCUGAUGUCAGAGAUUUUUCCUCUGCCCUCCACGGUGGGAGGAUCUCUUGUGCGUUGAGUCACGCAGCUGUCAAAGAUAGCUGUCACCCAGUUUCAGGAUCAAACACACACAAGGCAAUGAGAAAAAGGGCUUUGAGCCGAAGGGACGCGAGAGAUCUCAGGUAAAAAAAAAAAAAAAAAGACAAGGAAAAAAGAAAAGCUUAACUAUCCAAAAAAAUACCCCAGGACGACUAGAAGAGGACAACACAAAGCAAGGGGAGCAAAAAAAGAAAAAGAAAAAAAAAAGCGAGUUUUGAUGAAUAAGGAUUUUUUCGGAUAUACGGACACACACUGUGGAUAUCUGGCGGAAAGAAGAAGAACAGAAAAAAAACACAAAGGCAAUUUUUUUUCUUCUUGCGCUCCAACGAGGACAAAGUGGGCAUUUUACGCACGGAGAUGAAGACGAAAAAGGGCUUGACGAUGCUGUCAGGGAGUGAGACGGAUGACGAGGACAGCGUGGACGCCCCUCUGGAUCUGUCGUCCAGCGGCGGGAGUAGCGGGAAGAGGAAGCGGCGGGGGAACCUGCCCAAGGAGUCGGUCCAGAUCCUCCGGGACUGGCUGUACGAGCACCGUUACAACGCUUACCCCUCUGAACAGGAGAAAGCCCUCCUGUCCAAGCAGACUCAGCUCUCCACACUACAGGUGUGCAACUGGUUCAUUAACGCGCGCCGGCGGCUUCUUCCAGAGAUGCUGAGGAAAGACGGGAAAGAUCCCAACCAGUUCACCAUUUCCAGGAAAGGCAGCAAAGCUGGCGACAGCUUCUCCGACAGCUCCCAGUCCCCCAAGCACAGCAGUCCCGCGGCAGGUACUGAGGAGAGCUACGACAAACGCAUCCUCCACCCCUCCAGCUUUGAGCCCACCAUGCCCAGCGUGCUGAGGAAGGCGGUAUCUCCCUCCGCAUCCUCUCCAACAUCCAUGUCCCCCUCUCCUCCUCUAAUGCCCACCCGCCCUUCUGUCAUCUGUCACACCACUGUCACCGCGGCGAUGCAGGCCAGCCCGACAGCCUCCCAACCCUCUGUGCCAGGAAUGAACUGUGACAGGGCGGCCGAGCUGCUCCAGUCUGCGCAGGCGCUGCUCAGGUGCCGGGAUGAAGGGCCGCUCCCCACCACUACCACCAUCCUCAGCGGCACCGGCAUGGAGGGCAACCUGAGCCCCCGCAGCGGGCUCUUCAACACCCCUCCCCCCACCCCUCCAGACCUCACACAAGACUUCAGCGGCUUCCAGCUCCUGGUGGACGUGGCCCUCAAACGGGCCGCAGAGAUGGAGCUGCAAGCUAAACAGCUGGUCUCCUAAAGGGAGAAAGUGACAGCGGAAGAAGAAGAAGAGGAGGGAACAAGGACUGACUUUGUGUCUCGACUGUGGAACUCCUCAGAGUUCAUUGACUUGUCUGCACGCAACAGAGAACAAAUCCACAUGAAAGCCUGAUCAUUUCUAUUUUUGGUAUACCAAUCAAAUUGAUGAGGAUUGUUUUUUUAUGGAAAACUGUAUCGAGGUGCCUUGGCUGUAAGUUGUUUAUUCAUUUCACAUACAUGCGUAUGUAAUCUACAUGUGUAUCUUAUUUGCACACAGGGACCAAAAAAUGUUAUCAGAGAAAUGCUGCCUGUCUUAUGUCUUUUUUCCAUUAUACUGUAUAUCGUUUUAGAGAAGAAUCAGCCCUCCUUCGCCGACCAAUCGGACGCAUUGGUCACAUCCACACAUGUUUACUGUUAUACAUUUCAUAGAUCAGCUCCUGAUUGGUCUGCCUCGUUUGUUUGCACACUAAAGGCAGAGGAAGGUCAUCUCAGUGUCUUAAACAUACUUUGCUCUUGGCAUCUAUGACAAACUUAUUCACUACUGUAGUAAUGUUACGUGUUUUUCAUGAGUAUAAGUAUAGUUCUGAAUUUGUCAUUUUCUUUUACUUUUAGCUAUUUUAAAAGAAAAAAAACCCUCUAUGCUUUUUUUUUUUUUUACUCUCCCCACCACGGGAUAUUUCAGAUGACCAAUGUAGCAGGUUCAUAGUCUGAGCCUUCAUCCCAUCACUCAGCGAGACAAAAACAAAACGACGGCCAGUGGACUGGAAAAAUUAAACACUACAGAUGUCUGCAUUUGCUGUUUUUUUUGUUUUUUUGUUUUUUACAAACCUGACAAAGACAGCAUUUUUUUGAAAUCACCAAAAAAGCAUUUUCAUGUAUAAUAGGACCAUGUGUAUAGUUAAAUGUGACAUGAUGCCCAAUGAUGUGAUUUCUUUUCAUACUGUGCAAUGUUUGUGGCAAAUAGGGGUCACAUGGGAUUCAAAUAAAGUUUUGUUUUUCUACA